ACCCUUUACCCAUUUUCCUCAUCACAUCUCAAACACAGAUAAUAGUAAUACCCAUCCAUUUUAAAGAGCAUCAAAAUGGCAGGAAUAAUGCACAAGAUUGAAGAGACUCUCCACAUAGGAGGCCACAAAGAAGAGCACAAGGGUGAGUCCCAUGAUCAACACAAGCAUGACCAGCAUGCCCAUGGUGACCACCCCAAGCCAGAAGGUGAGCACAAAGAAGGGUUCAUGGACAAAAUAAAGGACAAGAUCCACGGUGAUGAGAAGGGACAUGAACAUGGACAUGGUGAAAGUGGAGAGAAGAAGAAGAAGAAGAAGGAAAAGAAGAAGCAUGAACAUGGUCACAGCAGCAGCAGUGACAGUGAUUAGAUUUCUCUCUCUCACUCCCUCAUUAUCUAAGGUGCGAGUAUUUAUAUUCCAAGGGUUGUUUCUGGUAGUGUGACUGCUGCAGAAAUUGGAGGAAUUAAAAAAAAAGAAAAGAAAAAGGGGUCUUUGUCAACUUCUAUGUUUUGUUUAGUUUGUGUGAUGUAUGCAGGGAGUGAAUGUAAAACCAGAUUAUAUAUUAUAAUAAGGAUUAUUAUAAUAAACCUCUACUCUUCCCUUC